AAACGGCUGGUCACAUGAGCACAGAUCUGUUUACAAACCCAGGAGCAGAGGGAGGAAAGGGAAGGAGGACUGCAGCCACUCUCUCUCCCCGAGCACCAUGGAGGACUGAAGGGGGGAAGAUCCAGAUCCAGCCAGGACACAGCCAGCUGGAGGACUGAGGACUGACUGCGACACACACACACACAUACACACACACACACACACACACACACUCUGCCUUUGUCUCCUAUUUUCUCUCAGCAGAUGGUUAGAGGGAGAGUAGGAUCCCCCUCACACACACACACACAUACACACACACGCGCACACACACACACACACACAGCAGCAGCAGCAAAAACAGUUGUUGACUUCAUGGAGCUGUCCUCACUUUGUCUGAGCUUGUGAGGAGGAGGAUUUUUGAUUUUAUUUUGAUUUUUGGACUGAGGAGCAACAACAACCGCAGGAUCGGAGGAGACAACAGAGGAGAUACCAGAGGAGACAACAGAGGAGACAGGAGGGGGAUGAGACUUGUGAAAAGCUGCUUUGGGAGGAAGACAAAGCACAGAUUAAUGUCAGAUAAUUGCCCCCAUUGGGUGAGGAUUUCCAUUCUGACUGCUGUCAUUGAGAUCUGCUGGAGCCCGUUCUGCUGAAAAUAUCCACAUGAGGUCUCCAUCCUGCUCCAAACCCCAGCCCCAAAUCUCACAAUCCUAACACGGACGGGUUAAUCCAGAUUUGGGGGGAAUGCUGGGCUGCACAGACUGCUGAGCCAACACAAAAAAACAACAAAAACCAGAACCUCCUGAGGAUUUGUGGGAUCUGAGCAAAUCUGAAAAUCUUGAUAGCUGUUUUUUUUUUCUUUUUUUUCUUUUUUUUUUUGCUCAACAAAAGAGCGACUGAGUCCAGGCUCCAAAACAGAUUCAGUGUCCGAAGCUCCAGCCCACCACUUUGGCUCUUCUCCAGGCCUCUCCUGACGGGCCUGAAUUUACUGCUGCUGCCUCCAGAAUCAGAUUUCAUGCAACCAUUCCAAUGGUGUAAUGGAUGCAUGUGUGGCUUGAGUCCUCGGAACCUUGAACAAGACUGCACCAUGACGUCUGACAUCUAUCACCUCCCGCUCAACGUCUAUGUCAUCGUGCUGGGCAUCGGCCUCUUCGUCUUCAUGCUCAGCCUCAUUUUCUGCUGCUACCUUUUCAGGUUGAAACAACAAGGGACGAGGGAGCAGUUCAGCUACAAUGAGGUGGUGCUGAAGGGCGCGAGCAAGAAACUGAGCCUUCUUGGACAAACCUGUGCGGUGUGUCUGGAGGAAUUCAGGACUCGAGACGAGCUGGGAGUGUGUCCGUGCUCGCACGCAUUUCACAAGAAGUGCCUGCUCAAGUGGCUGGAGAUCCGCAGCGUCUGCCCGAUGUGCAACAAGCCCAUCCUGCGGCUCCACACAGACGCUCCCCAGGGGGCCGAGGGUCCCAUGGACCCCGAGGAAGUGUGAGGAGGAGCCGGGGACGAAGGCGCCAAGCCCCCCCCCCCGCCCUGAACGAAAGCUCACACAUCAAAACACACCAGAGAUGAUGAACGGCGGUCAUCUAUCAGGCAUCUCACAGGAAAUGUUAACGAUCCCAAGCUGCAGCGCCGCUGCUGACUUUCCAGCAAUACGCCUCGACUGGACGUUAACACUGACGCGUUGGUCGGAUCGGUCAGACCAGAGUGAACGAUAGGGAUUCUUUCAUUUAAAAAGAAAAAAAAAUGCUCCUAGUUUUACUUCCAUGUUGCACUGUUCACCAAAAAAAAACAACAAGAAAAGAGAGACGGGAAGAGGAGGCGGACUUCACUGCGACUUGAGCAGCGCUGCCGGAGACAGACGACCACCCGGCUCGGAGCAGGACUUCAGACCGCCGCAGGAUCAGUGUGGAUACCUCUCACAUCUCAGGGGGUGUUACCGAUACAGCCAGCACAAACCCAUGUCGAUCACCCUAUAACCCCGUGCCACACACACACACAUCUUCAAUACUGCCAACGUAGGUGAGACGCUCUAGCAGGUAGCCGCGCUCCGGCUGAACCCGACGACCAGCUGGAUGACAACCAUGACGAUUUUAAUUGACAAUACUGUUACUGAUUGUGUCCCAGGCCCUUUUCCUUUAAAGAAGAGACUGAUAGAAACCUAGUCUUGCCUGUAUGUAUUGUACGUAAUGUCUCCCUAUAUAUUGUUUUUUUUGUAUUUUAAAUAAAGCGUCACGUAAU